AUGUCGAAACGACACGAGCGCUCGAUGUCCCAUGAAGAUGGGCUCAAGCACCCUUCAACUAAACGAGCUAAGGAGAUUGACACGCACCCACCUCUGGACGAGCUUCUCAAGAAAGUGAACCAGCAGACGAGCGACCAAAAGCCACGAAAUAUCCUGCACUGGUUUCGAAGCAAAGACAUCAGGGCCGAGGAUAAUAGAGCGUUGGCUCAGGCAUCUAAGAAGGCCAAAGAAGGCGAUGGACAUCUCCUCACAUGUUUCCUAUGGUCGCCAAAGGAAUUGGAGUGGCACGGAACCAGCCCUGCGAGAACGGAUUUCUUGUUGGAGUCGCUAAGAAUCUUACAAGAGCAACUGCAUGAUAUGAACAUUCCUUUAGUUGUUCUAAUCGCCGACAAGAGAGGGGAGAAAGGAAGUAAAGUGCUGGACUUUGUCCAGGAGCAUAACGUCAGCCACGUGUUCGCCAACCUUGAAUACGAAGUUGAUGAGCUCAGAAGAGACAUAGACCUAGUCGGUCAACUGGCCGACAAGAAGCUAGGAGCAUCGCUUCAUGUGAUGCAUGAUCAGACUGUGAUGGAACCCAAAGUCUUGACCACCGGCUCUGGUGGCCCUAUUAAAGUGUUCACACCAUAUCAUAAAGCGUGGCUGGCUGAGGUCGCCAAUGAUCCAGAGCUCCUCAGCGUGGUCGACACUCCGGAGGCGAAUGAUAAGGCAGCCAAGUCAGACUUGAAAGACCUGUUCAGUUCCACCAUUCCGGAAUCACCAGAAUCAAAGCAAUUUGCGUCAACGAAAGACAGGGACCGCAUCCGAAAACUCUGGCCAGCAGGGCACGAGGCCGGGAUCAAGCGUCUUCAACAUUUCCUGUCAAAGAAGGUCAAGAAUUACAAGAAAAACAGAUCCACGCCGGCCACGGACAACUCCAGUCGACUCUCUCCAUAUUUCGCAUCCGGCGUAAUCUCAGUCCGCGAGGCACUCAAAGCCGUAGUGGACGCAAACGACGGCGAGGAAUUCGACUCGGGAGACGUGGGGAUAUCAAGCUGGGUCAGGGAGAUCGUAUUCCGCGAGUUCUACAGACACAUGCUAUGUGUCACACCUCACGACGCAAUGAACCUGCCCCACAACCUCAAGUUUGACUUCGUGCAGUGGGAGGACGACGAGGAAGGGUGGAACAAGUGGUGCGAGGGUAAGACGGGGAUGCCCUUCGUGGACGCGGGCAUGCGGCAGCUACGGGAGGAAGCCUAUAUGCACAAUCGGCUGCGGAUGAACACCAGCAGUUAUCUGCGCACGAACCUGCUGAUCGACUACCGCAGGGGCGAGAGGUUCUUCGCAGAGUCGCUGGUGGACUGGGACUUGAGCAACAAUACGCAGGGCUGGGAGCCUAGCUACACGGUUUUCAACCCCGUGGUGCAGGCGGAGAAGUGUGAUCCUGACGGGGAGUACAUCAGAAAGUGGGUGCCAGAGCUGAAGGAUGUUAAGGGCAAGGCAAUUUUCGAUCCGCACGGCCGCCUGAGCAAAAGUGAAUUCGAGAAACUUGGUUAUCCCGCGCCUCAUGUCGAUUUUAAGGAGAGCAAGGAUAGGUGUAUUCAGAGGUACAAGCAGGAUAUGGCAGAUGCUGACCCAUGA